AUGGAUCAGAAGCUUCAGCAAGAGGAGAGUUUGAAUAACUCAAUGGACGGACCCAUGAGCAAAAACGCUAUCAUGCAGGUUGAAGUUACGGCUGAUAACGCCAGUAUUGAUGCUAAUACUCCGGACCACAAUGAUAACUCUAAUGUCAGGCUCAUGUCCGGUCUUAGGUUAUACGUUUGUGUGGCUGCUCUAGUGUUAGCAACAUUCAUUUUCGCCUUGGACGUUUUUAUCGUCAACACCAUUAUUGACAGCGUGUCUGCCAGCCUUGGAGGGUAUUCAAAGAGUGGCUGGUUAAUUGCUGGAUAUAGUUUACCCAACUCGUUGUUUAGUCUUAUAUGGGGUAGAACUGCUUCUUUAUUGGGGUUCCAGGCUAGUAUGACGCUUUCCAUUUUUAUUUUUGAGGUCGGAUCAAUUGUUUCUGCAUCUGCUACUUCAAUGGACAAUCUCAUCGUAGGAAGGGUCAUUGCUGGGGUUGGAGGUAGUGGUCUUCAGACUUUAUCAUUAGUUAUUGGGUCUUCAAUAGUGGAGGAAAAAAAUCGUGCCAUGAUUGUAUCCAUUGUGAUGUCAGCUUUUGCAGCUGCAUCUUUGAUUGGGCCCUUUGUUGGUGGUGCGUUCACUACCCAUGUAAUUUGGAGAUGGUGUUUCUGGAUCAAUUUACCUAUCGGAGCUGUUACAGCUCUUUUAUUCUACUUCACUUAUAACCCAAAAAGACUGUCAGCAGCAUCUAGAUUCACAAGCUGUUUCAAAUCAGUAAAAGCGCUGUCUUUUGAAAAACUUGCAUCAUGGGAAACUUAUAGAUGUAUGGGCAAAAACCUACUUUUUAGAUUCGAUAUUGUAGGGUUCGCCACCGGUUGUGCUGGCGUAUGCUUAUUACUACUUGGACUGACGCUCGGAGGUGAAGAUGACUCAUGGAAAAGUGCUAUUGUCAUCUGUUUUCUGAUUGUGGGCUUCCUUCUAUCUGUUCUCUCUGUCGUGUACGAUUUCUACAUUUUUGAUAAGAUUAAUCCCGAACCUUCAAACCUUUCUUUUAGACCAAUGUUGGUAAAGGGUCUAUUGAACAACAGAUUUAUUCUACUCCCUAAUCUCGUAACAUGUGCGUCUGCUAUCGCAUUCUCUGGGUACAUGCUUUAUUCAGUCCAAUUUUUCCAAUUGGUCAUGGGUUCCUCUGCAUGGAAUGCAGGUUUGCAUUUGAUUCCAUUGGUGAUUGCCUCUAUUGUUUCUGCAAUAAUCUGCGGUGGUAUAAUGAAGAAAACGGGCCAAGUCAAACCGUUAAUGAUAUCAACGGUUUCAAUACUACUAAUAGGUGGCGGGGUUUCCACGUUACUAGAUAAUCACUCUGGAAAUUCAAUGCAAAUCGGAGUCUGGAUUUUGCCCGGGUUCGGGUUGGGUGCAGCUUUACAGUGUGCGCUUAUUAGCUCUCAGUUGCAAAUCGAUAAAGAGAGUCCCAAUUCAGAAAUUGAAUUGGUGGAAGUUACAGCAUUCAACAGUUUCACUAAAUCCUUGGGGUCGAGUAUUGGGGGAGUUCUUUGUACGGCUAUAUUCACGAGCUCCCUUUGGAGUAAAAUAAAUGCUGUCAAAUUGGAAGGAUACUAUGGGAAAAGCACAAAUGAGUUCGUGAAAUAUAGAUUACAGCAUUUUGAUUCUCGCUAUUCAGAGGCAUCGACCAUAUUCAGCGACUCAGUGACAAACGUUUUUUGGAUGGCUCUUGCUUUCGCAGCUUUUGCUUUUGUUUGCUCAUGUCUAUCCUCAACCAACACAGUUGAAAUAGCAGACAAACAAAAGGUACAUAGUGACCGGGACAUGUCAUUAAUUUCAGAUUCGAAGUUAGAGGCUUAA